AUGGGUCGACGAAAAAAUACAGACACAGAGGCAGAGACUACUCGACAGAAUAGGAGAAUCCGAGAAACAGAAUAUCAACGUCGUAAACGACAAAAUGCACGCCAGUUAAUCAUUGACGAUAAUCGUAUUUCACAAGAAAAUAUUGAUAUAGUUGAAAAAGAUUACUUAGGACUAAUGAAUAUUUUAUGCGAACAUUGCCAAGCUCAACAUUUCGAAAAUGAAAAAGUUUCAAACAAGAAAUUUUCUUUCAAUGAUUGCUGUGGUCAUGGAUCAAUAAAAUUGGAUAAAUUUCCAGAUUUUCCACAUGAUCUUUUAAAUCUAUUCAAUGGAGAACACAAUAAAUCAUCCAAUUUUUUCGAACGUUUACGUAAUUAUAACAGUUCAUUAUCUUUUGCUUCAUUCAAUGCUAAUUUAGUUCAUUUUAACACGCGUCGACCCAGUCCAUACUGUUUUCAAGGACAAAUAUAUUAUCAAAUGAACACAGCUUUACAUCCAAGCGAUGAUGAAAAUCCAUCAUAUGGACAACUUUUUUUUAUAGAUCAAAGCGAAGCUUUAGAUUAUCGAAUCCAACAAAAUCCUCUAAUAGAUUAUGAAUUAAUGGGAAUCUUAGACAGUAUUAUUCGUGAUAAUAACAUUUAUGCUAAAUCCUAUGAAAUGAUGAAAGAUGAAAUAUGCAUACAACAAAUAGUAUCAGACAUGAGAAACGAAUCAUCAUCAUCAGAACUACAUUUACUAUUUUCAUUAAAACCUGGACAAGAUAUGCGUAGAUAUAAUUUUCAACGAGUAAAUGAAGUUGCUGCAAUAUUUUCAACAACUGCUGAUGGAGAAAUUCCUGAAUCAUACAUUACUGUGAGGAAUAAAAAUACAAAAAAAUUACAAACUGUAAGUUCCUUAGAUUCUAAUGUUGAAGCUUGGAUUUAUCCUUUAUUCUACCCAUAUGGACCACACUGUUGGCAUCAUAACAUGCAUCGCGUUGAUAAUAAUCGCAAAAUCACGCGCUUAGAUUACACUAGACAUAGGUUACCUAUUAGGGGCGAUGAAUUUAAUCCUAUUAUAAAAGGGCGUAAACUAUUUUAA